AAAUGAACAUGUCACGCUUUUGUGUAAAUCUAUCCAACUUCACACAUCAGCUGCAGUGUGGCGUUAGCGUCCGAUGCCGAUCAUUGGCGACCCACCAGACGACGGUCAUCGAGAAGCCCGCACCCGGAGACAGCUGCAGAGCCAGACUUCAGCACUCCUCGAGGCGACAGCUCAGCGGGAAAGCGGACUUUUACUAUGACGACCGAAAGCGUCCACCGCCACAGAUCGAACACCAGCGCGAUUCGGAUAAGAAGCACUCGGAGGAUCAGCUGUUCCAGAUCUUCAAAAAUAAAGACACAGGAACGGUCAAUAUGGGAAAGUUUCUUGCGGAACUGCGAACGAUCGGAAUCCGGCGGACGGAUCCACGCAUACAGGAGAUGAUGGAAAACCUGAAGCGCGUCCAUAAGCUGAGCAACUACGAGAAUGGGUCACCGCACACGCAGCAACUGAACGAGGAAACGUUCAAGGCCGUGAUCGCUCCAAACAUUGUGCUGAUCGCCCGCGCCUUCCGCCACCAGUUUGUCGUGCCCGACUUCCAAGGUUUCACGAAGGACAUCGAAGAGAUCUACUGGAAGUGCAAAAGUAAUACGGACGGCAAGGUGGCCACCUACAUACCGCAGCUGUCGCGCGUCAACCCCGACUACUGGGGUGUCAGUGUGUGUACGAUCGAUGGUCAACGGUUCUCGAUCGGUGACACGAGCAUCCCCUUCACACUGCAGAGCUGCAGCAAACCGCUGACGUACGCCAUCGCCCUGGAGAAGCUGGGACCGAAGGUGGUCCACCAGUACAUCGGCCAGGAACCGAGUGGCCGAAACUUUAACGAGCUUGUGCUGGACUAUGAAAAGAAGCCCCACAAUCCGAUGAUCAAUGCCGGUGCGAUCCUAACCUGCGCGAUCCUGAAGACGCUCGUCCACCCGGACAUGACGCUGGCGGAGAAGUUCGACUACGCGCAGUCGUGGUUCUGCCGGAUGUCCGGCAAUGAGACGUUCGGGUUCAACAACUCGGUGUUCCUGUCGGAACGGGAGGCCGCCGAUCGGAACUACGCGCUCGGGUUCUACAUGCGCGAGCACAAGUGCUACCCGGAGAAGACGAACCUGCGCGAGUGUAUGGACUUUUACUUCCAAAUCUGCUCGAUGGAGGUGACCUGCGAUACCAUGUCGGUUGUGGCGGCCACCCUUGCCAACGGUGGCAUCUGUCCGCUGACCGAGGAGCGUGUCCUACAGUCCGGAAAUGUGCGCGAUGUCUUGUCGCUGAUGCAUUCCUGCGGAAUGUACGACUUUAGCGGGCAGUUUGCGUUCAAGGUGGGCUUGCCGGCGAAAUCGGGCGUUUCCGGUGGCGUCAUGCUCGUCAUACCGAACGUGGUGGGCAUAUUCAUGUGGUCGCCUCCGCUCGAUCCACUGGGUAACAGCUGCCGGGGGGUGCAGUUCUGUAAGGAACUGGUCGACGUGUUCAACUUUCACCUGUACGACAACCUGAAGCACGGUUCGAACAAGAAGGACCCACGGCGCCACCGGUACGAAACGAAAGGUCUGUCGGUGGUGAACCUACUGUUUUCUGCGGCCAUCGGUGACGUAACCGCACUGCGACGUCACAAGUUGUCCGGCAUGGACAUUACGCUGUCGGACUACGAUGGACGCACCGCGCUCCAUCUGGCCAGUGCCGAGGGACACUUUGAGUGUGUGCGCUUCCUGCUCGAGCACUGCGGUGUGCCGCACGAUCCGAAAGAUCGUUGGGGCAAUCGGCCGGUCGAUGAGGCGGAAACAUUUGGCCACGAGGACAUCGUCGCGCUGCUGCGGCAGUGGGAAGAGAAAGUGCUGAAGGCGCAAUCGCUCGGAACGACCAACACCACCGAAACGGGCUACAAUUCCGAUCAGGACAGCGACUCGUCGAGUGGGAAAGGGACGAGGUCUAAACCUUCGGGGAAACCGGAUAUCCUGUCUUAACGCGGGGAUAGUUAGGUGCGAAAGGUGGAGACGAAACAAUCUCUCCGGAAUCUCUCAUGCUUACGCGCCCGUAAGAAGCACAGUACCGCAAUAAUCGAAACAACUACCAUAACGAGGACAAUAACUGUUUCUGCGAUUUAGAAGAGAUUGAUACCAAUGUUCCAGAUCUUGGCGUCAUUGCUACGCACCAGCUAGAUGUUACUAUUCAUGUCCAUUUGUGUGUUCCGUCAUGCUCAUAGUCAUUUAUGUACGUCAAUUAAGCUUUUCCGAAGGGGAGAGCAGA